AUAUAUAUAUAUAUAUAUAUAUGCUACAUGGACACAUGUCGACAGUGAGUAUACUAGGGGUAAGUAAAAACAGUAUACAAAUUACUUAUUUUACCCACUUGUUGAAAAAGACUGACAAUAUCUGAGAAAAUAAUGGAACUGUAAUGAAUUUGAACAGUACCCUUGGAAUGAAUAUGGAGGACGUUAAACCCUUGGCCAUUCCCAACUCCACUGUUUUUAUUAAUUUGCAUACAGUAACAGAGACUUGUGAUAGUAAUGAGAGAAUUUUCGGUUUUGAAAUGCACGGUGAAGAAAAAUCAUUGGACAAAAAUGUUUGCUGUGAAAUCUGCGGGAAAUCGUUUGGCAAAGCCCGUUAUUUAAAAGAACACGAGAAAGUGCACACUGGGGAAAAACCGUAUCUUUGUGAAUUAUGCGGAAUAUCGUUCUCUCGGACAUCUCAUCUUGCUCUUCAUAAACGUAUCCACACGGGAAAGAAACCUUACCGCUGUGAAAUUUGCGGGAAAUCUUUUAUAAAAAACAGUAAUUUAACACAACAUAAGCGAGUACACACGGGGGAAAAACCGUUUCCGUGUGAAAUUUGCGGUAAAUCGUUCUCUUACAAUUACCAUCUUGUUAUUCAUAAACGUAUUCACUCUGGAAGUAAACCAUUCCACUGUGAAAUAUGCGGGAGAUCAUUCGCUCUUAGUAGUUAUUUAAAAAGUCACAGGAGAAUUCACACGGGGGAAAAGCCAUUUCAGUGUGAAGUAUGUGAAAAAAGUUUCAGUCAGAAAUCGAGCCUGGUUGGUCACAUACGGACUCACACUGGAGAAACGCCAUACCACUGCGAAAUCUGUGGUAAAUCUUUCUCUCUCAAAUCCAGGCUUGUACAUCAUGAAACAACACACCAUAACAAAGGUGAUUCGACAAAGGAAAAGACACAUCAUUGUGAAAUCUGUGGUAAAUGGUUCGCUUUAAGUUCUAGUCUUUUACGCCAUAAAGCAAGACACAUCGGAGAACGAAAUUUCCACUGUGAAAUAUGCGGAAAAUCUUUUGUGGAUAAAGGUGAUUUAACAAGACACAAAAAGAUCCACAAUGCAGAGAAACCUGUGCAUUGUGAGCUAUGUGGAAAAUCGUUCUUAUUUAAAUCCAGGCUUGUUAAUCAUAAAAGGACCCAUACGGGGGAAAAGCCCUAUCACUGUGAAAUUUGUGGUAAAUCGUUCAGUAAUAAUACUAAUCUGGCCAGUCACGUAAGGGUACACACGGGGGAGAGACCGUAUCGUUGUGAAGUGUGCGGGAAGUGUUUUGUAACGAAAGGCGAUUUAACCAGGCAUGAACGGAUUCAUACGGGUGAGAAACCUUACAGCUGUGACAUCUGUGGGAAAUCCUUCCGAAGUAGUGGUCAUUUUGCUAGACACAGAAAAAUACACACCAGAGGAAAAUCGCUCCACAGUAAAUCAUAAUGAUGAUGAUGAUCUUCAUUUAGUGUCAAUGUGUCUUAAAAACUAGUUUUAUAGAAACUCCUUUCAAAAUUCCUAUUUUCUUUUUAACACAUUAACUUCUGUAGGUUGAACUACAUAUUACGUUAGUGAAAGAAACCUAGCUGUUUCUUGCAAUACAUACCAAUACAUACAUCUAAAGCAGGGGUUCUUAACCAUUUCCUAUCUAUGAACCCUUUUGAUUGCUUUUUAUAUUAUGGUGGAUCCCAAUAACCAUUUGAUGUUUAAAAACUAGUCUUAUAGAAGCCCCUUUCAAAAUUCCUAUUUUGUUUUUAACACCCACUACACUCUCGGAGUGGU